AUAGGCAUUGUUAAUCUCAAAUUACUUUAUGUAUGUUGAUAUAUAAGAGAAAUUAACUACCUCUAUACCUUUUCGAAUUGUGACAGGCGACGCUCCCCGUUUUCUCACUCCAACCGGAUCGGGCCAUCUUGAUUGUGUUCGUGAGUCUUCGCAUAACUCGAAAGAGAGAGAAGAACAGAUCCAUCUGUGUCAUUCUUUUGAUUUCAGCAACAAAGCAGAGCGAGGUCCUUGCUUGCUUCACGAUUGAUUGCUAUCAAAUCCAUACCUUUCUGUCAUUAUUCAAUUAAGAGAUCUUGGGUGGUGUGUUGUUGUGUCAUUUUGUCUGUGGUAAAUAAAUAAAUAAAAUACUACCAUGAAGGCCACACCGAUUGCCGUCAGUUUGUUUCUGGCCCAUGCUGUGAGCAUUCCCUUUGUGGGUGCGUUUACUCCUUCCACUGCCAUUUGGAAGACCACCACAAGCACAAAUUCCAUCAUCAGUCCUACCCCUCAAUGGCUGUCCAACUCAUCUACCAAGCUGUUUGCUGGAUUUCUGGGCAUGGACAAAUCAUCCUCCAAAGACGAUGAUGACGAUGAAGACGAGGAUGAUUAUGACGACGAUGACGAAGAGGAAGAUGACGAUAUGGAAUUGGCCGGUAGUUACUCGGGUGCCAAGUCUCCCUUUACCGGUUUGAAGCUCGAUCCGUGGGAUCCCAAUCCCAUCAUCAAGCCUCGUCCUUCUCGGUAUUUCAAGAGCGAAGACAAGGAGGAAUUAUUGAAAAGCCGCGCGAGUGACGAGCAACUCACGCAGACCAUGUCACCCGAAGAACGCAAGGAAAAUCUCACCGUCAUGCGACAAGUGCGCAAAAAUGAUUUGCCCGAUCUCCGAAUGCGCAAGGAUCACGCUGGAUGGGUCGAAGCCAAUAAUGACAUGAAGCGCCGGUACGAGCGGGAUCCUUGGUUUGCCAUCAACGAACGACUUCGUGAUGCCAUUCAAUUGGGAGAUCCCGAGGAAGAGAUUAACUAUUUGAAAAAGUUGGCCGAAAAGGUCGGUGGACCACCACCCGGUAUUACCAUUGGCCAGAAGGGAUAUGCCGUGCACACGGAAAUUUACGACAUUGGGAUUAGUCCGUCUCGUGCCGCGGCCGUCUUGGAGCGAGAAAUCCGGCAAGAUCGAGCGGCCCGUGGACGGGCCAUGAUGGCGGAACGAUCAAAAAAUAUCGAAAAGGAAAAGCGCCAGUACGAAGAAGAUAUGCGCAAUCCUGGAUUGAGAGAAGACCGAGAAGCCAAGGAACGACGAGAACGGGUCAUGCGACGACUCAUGGAUGAAAUUGAAGAAGACAACAAGAAGAAGCGUGAUCGGGCCAAGGAAAUCUUGGGAAAGCUACCGGAAGAACCCGAGAAUCGAACCAAGAGUAUGGAAAAAGCACUCGAAGAAGCACGGGAAGAAGUCAAGAAGGUCCGUCGCAAGCAAUUGGGACAGUCGGGUGAGUCCUCUGCCGUCACUCCCAGCAGUAGCAGCAGCACCAGUGACGCGGAUUCGGGCGAGAAAUCCAGUGCCGACAAGGCGCGAGAAGCGGCCGCUGCCGAAGCUUCGGGUGGACGUCCUCGUCUUCCAGGCGAUAGCGAUGUCACGCAAGGAGAUCUGGCUGAUCUCAAAAUUGAAUCGUCGUCCACCACCACCACGGGACCGUUGGAAGUGGAAGUGUCGUCGGUCUACAACAAGGAACAAUCCGAUCCUCCCAUGCGCAAGCAUUGUUUCCAGUACACUAUCCGCAUCACCAAUAAUUCUCCCACCGACACCAUUCAGCUCUUGGGACGUCGAUUCGAAAUUCAGACCGUCGGAUCCAGCAUGAAAGAUGUCGUGCAGGGGGAAGGUGUCACGGGAAGAACUCCCGUUUUGAAACCUGGCGAAGUCUUUGAGUACACGUCGACUGCCCCUCUCAGUGUGCGACCCAUUGGGACCACCAUUAUUGCGGCUCGCAUGAAGGGAGAAUACCGAUACGUAACCCUCAAGGACGGACAGGAUACCGCCACGGAAGCACAGAUUGAAGCGGGUGGUGAAGCCACCGCCGAAUUGGGAAUGUUCCAUUUCAUUUUCCCCGAUGAUCAGCGUGUGCAACCCUUUAGCAGGGCCGAUGACGAUGAGGAGGAGGAAGAAGAGGAUGAUGACGACGAGGACGAUGCAGUUGAGGCCAGUGCCCCGGCUCCAGCCGCCACGAAGCCCGCCACGACACCUUCGGCGGCUCCUGCCUCGACGUUGCCCGGAGAUGCCGAUAUGAAGACGGGUGAUAUUACCGCCAAAUUGAAUGAUUCCUCGGAGGAAGUGACGGAAGAUAUUCGUGUCCAGGUGACGUCGUCUUACAGACCCGAACGAUCGGAUUCAUCCUUGGACAAGCACUGCUUUGCCUACAAUAUACGCAUUACCAACGAAUCCGAGAAGGCGAUCCAAUUGGUGUCGCGUCGUUUUGAGAUUCAGACCAUUGGCAGCUCCAACAAGGACGUGGUGCAAGGACCAGGUGUCACUGGGCGCCAACCAGUGUUGAAGUCUGGCGAGAGUUUUGAGUAUACCAGCACAGCUCCCUUGAGUGUCAAGCCCAAAUUGGACAAGACACCGGCGGUAGCACGCAUGCAAGGAGAAUACAACUUCGUCGUUUUGGGCGAUGAUGGAUCAACACCCUUGAGUUCCACGCCUCUGCAGGCCAAGCUCGGAAUGUUCCACUUUGUGCUACCUGCUUUGGAUAUUGCUUAAUUUAAAACAGCUACCGUACUGUAGUGGAGUCAGGAAAUAAAUGAUGAAUUGAAUAUAUGAUGGAAAUGAAGAAGAAGAAAGGAAGGUAAGGGACAACGAGGAGCCACACACAACAAGCCAACCAGUUGUUUGAUUGACGGAGCACCGAUACUACCUGGUACUGCCCAAUAGAUUAAUUAAUUGAUGCCAAUAAACAUAAUU